ACUUCGUCGCGUUGAGAAAAUUCCAGUAUCAACCAUCACUUGCACACACCCACCCUCUCUAUUCUCCUCUCAACCUCGAAAACCAUGGCCUCUCUCGUCCGUGGAGCCGCAUCUCUAAGCCGCACUGCCAUUUCCGCUUCCAAAUCUCCGAUCCAACUCCUCCACCGCCGCAACUUCGCCGGAGCCGCAGAUCAUCAUGGCCCUGCUAAAGUUGACUUUUGGAAAGACCCAAUGAGCCCAUCUAAAUGGAAGGAAGAGCACUUUGUGAUUGUCUCUUUAACUGGCUGGGGACUACUCAUCUAUGGAGGAUACAAGUUAGCCACCGGAGGCAAGAAAGAAGAGAAAUUGGUGAAAGCAUCACAGUGAGAUUUCCAGCAUAUAUCAACCCAAAGUUUUCCUGGUAAUAAUGUGUGUGCCUGGAGUUUUUCAGUCUCAGUCUAAUUUGCUUGCAAGCAAAUCUUUUGACUAGUUAUAAAUUAGUCCUUGCAGACAAUGAAUGUUGGGAGAUGAUUUUCUCCAGAACAAUGUAUUACAUUUAACUUUAUAUUUUGCCCAUUCUAUGCCAAUUCCUGAAUUCCUCUA